UUUCUUGUUAAUCUAUGCAGUCGUUGACAAAGCGCUUAGUUGUUAAAAGGAAAUUUGGUGAUAGCAGUGUGAUUUGUUAUUCUAUCAGUAAUAAGUAUAUAAAGUAAGAAUUCGUGUGAAAAGACCAUAUUCAGAAGAAGAGUCAUAUAAAAGUUUUGUAUAUUUCUCAGUGGUAAAUAUAAAUUUUGACUGAUCGAUAAAAAUGAAGUGAACAGGAGCAAAGUCAAGCCGAAUACUGCAUGUACAAUUCUAUAUAGCAAUGCGCAUGCUUCAGGAGUUCUCAAUUAUAAGAAGUUUGAAGUUAUAUUUCAAAUCAUUCUUUAGAUUAAAAUGUCAAUACAUGUCAAAAAAAGCGUUUAACUAAUAUGGAAAUCUAAACUUUUAAAGACGUUGUUCUUCCAUUUAUAAGAAUGUUACAACAGCAUGGCUUCCAGCAAUGUUCAUUCUUUCCUCCAGACGACAGCUCAGUUUGCAAAAAUGAUACAAAAUCAAAGAGUGAUCCAAUGGAGUAUGAAGGAAAAAGAUUAUCAACUUUCGCAACAUUUCCAGAUAUUCCUGGUCUUUAUGCAACUAAACUUGCAGGAGCUGGAUUCUAUUAUUUAGAAAAAGACAACGAGGUUCGCUGCUUUAAUUGCAAAAUAACAUAUAAAAAUUGGAAACCGCAUGAUUCGCCUAUAAAGAUUCAUCUACAAAUUUCUCCGCUUUGUGAAUUUAUCAAACAUAUCGGCUCUAAAUACAGUGAACAUUCAAAACAUAUAUCAGAUAGAACAGUAAGCAAUGGUACAUGUGAUAUUUCUCACGUACGAACUGAAUGUGAUCAAACAUUGCACGACACAAAUAAACUUCCUGUUAAUGGUUACAAUCCCCAAAUGAGCUCUCAUAUGCUCACUGGUGGAACAGAUACUCAAAGAAUUCAGGCAAACUCAAUUAAUCAAAAUUCAAAUAACUUCAGACGGAAUGAUUCAAAUUCUUAUAGUGGACCUGUUCAACAUAUUCCAUGUGUUGUAAAUCAAAGUCUUAACAAUACUACAGAUAAUGUUUCUAACACUGAUAUAACCAGGACAGAAGCUUACCAAAUACCCAACAAUUACUCGACUAAUGAUACUAAUAGCUUGACUCGUAUCUCACAAACUAAUAUAGAGACUUUGAAUAGAAAUGGAAGCACACCAAACCAACAAUCUUCAGGUCAUAUAACUACCACAUAUAGAUCAAGCAACGAUGCAGUGGGACAACCGAUGAUGGGGAUUUGCGUUGAUAACCCGAAGUAUUCAAAAUACGCGAUCAGAGGAUCUAGACUGGACUCGUUUAAGUAUUGGCCAACAUAUUUGACUCAGUCUCCAGACGAAAUGGCAACAGCUGGAUUCUUUUUUACAGGUAGUGAAGAUCAUUGUCGCUGCUUUUUCUGUGGAGGAGGAUUGAAAAACUGGGAACCAGGUGAUGAGCCUUGGGUAGAACAUGCUCGCUGGUACCAGCAGUGUGCUUUCUUGCGAAGUUGUAAAGGCGAAAAAUUUAUAGAAAAUGUUCAAACAAACGUAUACCGGUAUGUUCCGGCUGAAAUUGUGGAACAGAGUAAGCUUCCAAGUUCAAAAAAGGAUUUGGCUGAAUUUAAGGACAUUCCUGCAGUAAGAUCUGUAACAGAGUUUGGAUAUGAUGAAAAGCUAGUUAGAGAAGCGUACGAAACUCUUCAAAAAUCUGGAAAAUCAGAUAUCACGACUACCGGGCUUCUUGAAACUAUUUUCAGUUUAGAAGAAAAACAUGCCCACGAAAAUUCAAAUUAUAACCAACAGCCACUGGAAAACUCGCAAUCAGUUAAAGAACCUGCAAAAAUUAUAGCAAAGCAAAUUACAAACGAAGCAACGAGCGAUCAAGAGCCAGAAUUGUCAGUGAGAAGUCUUGAAGAAGAAAAUCAAAACCUGAAAGAUCAGCAGACUUGUAAGAUAUGCUUGGAUGAACCGAUUGCAAUUGUGUUUCUUCCUUGUGGUCAUUUGGCUGCCUGUGGUAGCUGUGCGCCUGCGCUUAGAAGAUGUCCAAUAUGUAGAGCAUUUAUCAAAGGAACAGUUAAAGCCAUAAUGUGCUGAUGUUUUUAGAAUGUUCAAAACGAUGAAAA